GAACAGGAUUUCCAGGUAUCGUCGUGGUUCAGACACACAGCGCUUGCAGAGCCACGAUGACUGACGGGCCUAGGGGACAAUGAGCGCGUUCCAAUACACACUGCGAGUGGUGCUGUGUAUGACAUUAAUGACAUCUACAGAAGGAGAUGUGAUCCCUGUCCCUCAGAACAUUCAAAUAAAUUCUACCAACCUGAAGCAUGUUCUCUCCUGGACUCCUUUGUCGCCUGUUUGGGGAAACGUCACUUACACAGUUGAAUUCCAGGGGGAAUUUGAGCGAAAUAAGGACGGUACUUGGAAUGAGGCUGCACACUGCCACUCUAUUUCUGUUCCUUGGUGCGAUGUGACGGAGGACAUGGCCAGCAAUGUCUUAUAUCAUUUAAGGGUUCGAGCUGAGGUGGAAAAGAAGACAUCAGACUGGCCUGAGCUCAACACUACGUUCCGCAGAAACACAACUGUCCUUGUACCUCCCAACAUAAACAUUUCCGUCAGAGAAUUCCAGUUGACUAUGGACAUUGAAGACCUUGGACCAUUAUUUCGAUACCAUAUAUUCUUCUGGAAGAAAGGACAAGAAGAGAUGAAAACUUUGGUUGCCGAUAGACAAGCUACAGGGAUUUAUUUGUCGGACGCGGAACCAGCGAGUGAAUACUGCGCAUAUGUGAUUGCGCAUGCACUACUGAUUGCCAUAAACAGCAGCAGAAGCGCUCAGAGCUGUGUUCGUGUGCCAGCCAAUAAACCUUCCCGUGUAUUUAUCGGCAUCAUGUCCUUCCUUGGGGUCAUCGCUGGUCUUGUGCUGCUAGCUCUGCUCCUGUGGAAAGCAUUCCGACUGCUACAUUUUUCCUGCUUCCCAGAAGUGGACAUUCCCGAGGCACUGAUGAUAAACGGUAACCCCCAUUCAGUAAUGGUUAACAAGGAGCUGAAGUGGAUCCAGGGGAUAUAUACUCCCAUAUAGGACAAGUGACGUUACACAUGGGAAAGCAAGACACGUAAGACGUAUGGCAUAAAGUGUACACAUUAUCCCGCAAGAUGAUGAACAGGUCAGCUACUGACCAAACAAGAUGACCGGAAGCCCUCAGAUCGUGGCCAUAAAGGACUUGUUCAUACCUUACAUCAAAACCAUAUAUUUUGGAACAUGCACCAUCAAGCACCUGUCAAGCAACGUAUUGGACUUCAGAUAUCUGAGGACUGGUAAUUUAUUCAUCUCAUAGGCUGUCAAUGAUAUCAUGAAACCAUCAUGCCUGCCUGAUGUGUGCUUCACAUAAAAAUAGUGCACCCUC